AUGGCAAACCUGCCUCCGUCGCUGAAUUUGAAGGCUGCCCCUUUUGAGGGUAGCAGCAGCUCCUCCGCGGCGGCGGCGGCCGCUGCCGCUGUCAAUAAGGAUCGGAGAAUGCAAUCGGCCGAGCAGCUGGUUCUCGAUCUCUGCAGCCCCGAUCUCCGGGAAAACGCCCUCCUGGAGCUAUCCAAGAAGAGAGAGCUGUUUCAAGACUUGGCUCCACUGCUGUGGAAUUCUUUUGGUACAAUUGCUGCUCUUCUUCAGGAAAUAGUUUCAAUUUACCCUGUGUUAUCCCCACCAAACCUAACUCCUGCACAAUCAAACAGAGUUUGCAAUGCUCUCGCUCUGCUUCAGUGUGUGGCCUCACAUCCAGACACAAGAAUGUUGUUCCUCAAUGCCCACAUUCCUCUCUACCUAUAUCCUUUUCUUAAUACAACGAGCAAAUCAAGGCCUUUCGAGUAUUUGAGGCUUACAAGUUUAGGCGUUAUAGGUGCUUUAGUCAAGGUGGACGACACUGAAGUUAUCAGUUUCCUUCUUUCUACUGAGAUCAUUCCCUUAUGCCUGCGGACAAUGGAGAUGGGAAGUGAAUUGUCCAAGACAGUAGCAACAUUCAUUGUGCAGAAAAUUUUGCUCGAUGAUGUGGGCUUAGAGUAUAUAUGCACCACAGCCGAGCGGUUCUUUGCUGUAGGUAGAGUGCUGGGGAACAUGGUUGCUGCACUUGCUGAGCAGUCUUCUUCCCGUCUUUUGAAGCACAUUAUCAGAUGCUACCUUCGAUUGUCUGAUAAUCCUAGAGCCUGCGAUGCUCUGAGAAGCUGUCUGCCUGACAUGCUCAGAGAUGCAACAUUUAGUAGCUGCCUCCGUGAAGAUCCAACUACGAGAAGGUGGUUACAACAGUUGCUUCACAAUGUGCAAGGGCCUAGGGUUGCCGCCAUGCAAGCAGGGGGUGGAUUUGAUCAUAUGAUGGUCAAUUAA